UCAAGCUCGCGCACAGGAUAACGGACGUCUUUCAGGAGGAAAUAACGGGUGCUCGACUCUCCAUUUCUGAUGUUUGCUGUUGAAGUCGGAGCUUGAGACUAUGAAACACAGAAGACCUUCAAACCAACCCUAUUCAUGUGAAUUCCUCUGAAACUCGAGAACCGUUUUAGAUCUCUCUUUCUAUGUAGCCUAACUGUUCGUGCAACCUGAGAUCGGUGAACUGUUUACCAGUGCUGAAGGAAAGGCUUAAUCCCAAAUCCUUCUAGAGAGCGUUAAGACACUGCCUGACUCAGAUCUGAUGGGAUUAACAUCAUAUUAGAUUUGUGAGACAAGAACACCUGCUCGAUUUUGCGGGCAAAUCUAGGCCACACCGCUUCGGGUUUGCCCACGUUCUGUAUCUCGUAUGCAAGACGCCACCUUCCACUGUCAAAUGUAUGCACGUCCCACAAUUAGCUCUUGUUUAUAAAGUACAUUCAUUCAGAAUCAAAGUCAAUUGCCCUUGAGAGCAAAAAGGGACCUGUUUGGCCCCCAAAUAUUAACACUAAAGACUUUAUUUAUUUUUGAUACAUUAUGACAUCAAAAGUAUAGUGGAAAAGCAAGUGCUAAAAAGCAUAUCUUUAUCAAGCUGGGUUAAAUAUAAUAUAUUUAUUAAAAAUAAAAUAAAAGACAGGACAUACUGUGCCAGGCCAUUAUUUUUUAUUUCACUCUGGUCCUUUGUCUGCUUGGUGGAAACUGUGAUGGCUCCUUGGCCAACUCCGACAGGACCGACUGCUGCUGUGUGAAGGCCUACCCUCAACACGCAUCUGUCAGAUAAGCACAGAAGGAUGAAACUGAAGAAGCAGGUGACUGUUUGCGGUGGGGCCAUCUUCUGUGUGGCCGUCUUCUCUCUGUACCUGAUGUUGGACCGAGUCCAGCACGAUCCCGCCAGGAGACAGAGUGCUGGGAACUUUCCGAGAAGCCAGAUUUCGGUGUUGCAGAACCGCAUUGAACAGCUUGAGCAGCUCCUAGAGGAGAACCAUCAUAUUAUCAGUCACAUCAAAGACUCUGUGCUUGAGCUCACGGACACGGGUGCCAUCUCUCCCAGUGGACACCUCCCCUUCCGCAGCGCCAACGGCUCCUGGGUACUACCGUUUGAUGGCAGGCCCACCUUCCUUUCUGUCAAGCCACAGGAUUGCCAGUUUGCACUGGGCCGCAGGAGCCAGACUGACUUGCAGAUGCUGGAUGUAUAUUCCCUGCUCCGCUUUGAUAAUGUGGACGGUGGUGUUUGGAAACAAGGUUUUGAAAUCACCUACGACCCCAGUGAAUGGGAUGAAGAAACCCUGCAGGUGUUUGUGGUCCCUCAUUCGCACAAUGAUCCAGGAUGGAUCAAAACAUUUGAGAAGUACUACAAUGACCAGACCCAGCAUAUCUUCAACAACAUGGUAGUAAAGUUGACCGAAGACCCCCGCAGAAAGUUCAUCUGGUCUGAAAUAUCCUAUUUUGCAAAAUGGUGGGAAAGUGUUGAUAUCCAUAAACAAGAAGCAAUGCGCAAGCUAAUCCUGAGUGGACAGCUUGAGAUGGUGACGGGAGGCUGGGUCAUGACGGACGAAGCCAAUGCUCACUAUUUUGCAAUGAUAGACCAGCUCAUCGAAGGCCAUCAGUGGCUGGAGAGAAAUCUUGGUGUGACCCCUCAAUCGGGAUGGGCCGUGGACCCGUUUGGUCACAGCGCUACAAUGCCUUAUCUGCUGAAACGGGCCAACAUAAGUAGCAUGCUGAUCCAGAGGGUCCAUUACUCCAUCAAGAAGCACUUUUCUGCCACUCGGAGUCUUGAGUUCAUGUGGAGACAGACCUGGGAUCCUGAAUCAGGGACAGACAUUUUCUGCCACAUGAUGCCGUUUUACAGCUACGACGUGCCUCACACCUGCGGGCCUGACCCAAAGAUCUGCUGCCAGUUUGAUUUUAAGAGGCUUCCAGGAAGCAGAGUCAACUGCCCGUGGAAGGUGCCGCCCCGAGCCAUCACUGAUGCCAAUGUGGCAGAGAGAGCUGGUGUUCUACUUGAUCAGUACCGCAAAAAGUCCAAGCUUUUCCGUAGCAAAGUGUUGCUGGUUCCUCUGGGUGAUGACUUCCGCUAUGAUAAAGCACUGGAGUGGGACCAGCAGUACUUAAACUACCAGAAACUGUUUGAUUACAUGAAUUCCCACCCGGAAAUGCAUGUGAAGGCCCAGUUUGCAACGCUGACAGACUACUUUAACGCAGUGUACAAGACUAAAGGGGUUGCCCAGGGGAUGAGACCACCUGAUUACCCCGUACUAAGCGGAGACUUCUUCGCCUACGCGGACAGAGAGGAUCAUUAUUGGAGUGGAUACUACACAUCACGGCCCUUCUACAAAAACCUGGACCGCGUGUUAGAGUCUCACCUCCGAGGCGCAGAGAUUCUCUAUAGCUUGGCAGUGGCACACGCGCGGCAUGCAGGCAUGGAAGGGCGUUAUCCUACAUCAGACUACUCUCUCCUCACUGAUGCUAGAAGAAAUAUAGGGCUCUUCCAGCACCAUGAUGCCAUCACUGGCACUGCCAAGGAAGUUGUGGUCAUCGACUAUGGAAACAGGUUGUUGCAUUCCCUGGUCGGUCUGAAACGAGUGAUCAUUAAUGCUGCACACUUCCUCGUAAUGAAGAACAAAGACAUUUAUCGCUUCUACCAGACAGAGCCAUUUUUAGAGACUGACGACAGACGUGCCGCACAGGAUUCUCUUCCACAGCGCACACUUAUAGAGUUGGAAUCAUCUCCAAGGUAUCUGGUGCUUUUUAACCCAGUUGAACAGGAGCGUCUGUGUUUGGUGACUGUGCUGGUGAACUCUGCCAGAGUGAGGGUGCUCACAGAAGAUGGGCAGACGUUACCAGUUCAGCUAAGUGCACAGUGGGCAUCCGCUGUUGAGAUGAGUGGAGAAGUCCUCCAGGCCUCUUUCAUGGCACGCCUCCCUGCUCUGGGAUUGGCCAUCUUCCACCUGUACGAUUCAGCCGACUCCCCCAUGACUCUGCGCUCUGAUACGUUGCUGAGGAUUCCUGGGCCGGGUCAAAGCAUAAGAGGGUCGGACCCUCUUCCUGUGCGAUCGCAGACAGCAGAUGCCCAACCUCUUUAUAUCCAGAGCCAGUCUCUUACGCUGGGCUUCUCUGGAACCACUGGCCUGCUGGAGAGUAUUCGACGUAAAGACGACCCUCAGGAGGUCAGAGUACAGAUUCAGAUCCUCACUUAUGGAACUCGACCCUCCAAGGACAAAAGCGGGGCAUAUCUCUUCCUACCGGAUGGAAAUGCAAAGCCCUAUUCACAGCGAGAAGCUCCAAUAGUGCGUGUGGUGGAGGGUCCUCUCUUUGCUGAGGUGGUGACACAUUACCAGCACUUUCAGCAGACGGUCCGCAUUCAUAAUGUUCCAGGAGUAGAUGGUCUGUCUUUGGACAUCACCACCAUGGUGGACAUCAGAGACCAGAAUAACAAGGAGCUAGCCAUGCGCCUUGUCACUGACAUCAAGAGCGAAGACACUUUCUACACAGAUCUUAACGGCUUCCAGAUGCAGCCUCGAAGGUACUUCCAGAAGCUUCCAUUGCAGGCUAAUUUCUACCCCAUGCCCACCAUGGCCUACAUACAGGACAGACAGUACCGGCUCACACUCCAUACGGCCCAGGCUUUGGGGGUCAGCAGCCUGGCAAGUGGUCAACUUGAGGUGAUUCUAGACCGUCGGUUGAUGCAGGAUGAUAACAGGGGUUUGGGGCAGGGCCUGAAAGACAACAAACGAACGGCAAACCGUUUCCGCCUACUGCUUGAGAGGAGGAGCAGUGGUGGAAAGCCUGAUGGCUCCUAUGCCAAAGUCAUCCACAUGAUAAACAAAAUCAUUGGUGGUAUUUUAGGAGGCCACAAGGAAGAGCCGGUGGAAAGCAGACCAGUCAGCUUCCCAUCGCUGCUCAGUCACAUGACCUCUGCCAUCCUGAAUCAUGAGGUGCUGGCACUGCCCGUCUUGCCCAGGAAACACGGCGUGCCCCCCCUUCGCACUUUUGCUCCAUUUGCUAGCACCCUGCCCUGUGACUUCCACUUGCUCAACCUAAGGAGCAUCCAGAAUCCGCAGGAUGCUCACUCUCCAUCACCCUAUACAGCUCUACUUCUCCAUCGACUGGGUCUGGAUUGUGGUCUGGAGGCCCAAAAUCCUGGUUUCAACUGCACCACCACACAGGGCCAGCUCUCCGUUCCUGGACUUUUCCGUGGGCUGGAUCUACAUCUGCUACAGCCCAUGUCUUUAUCUCUGAUGCACUCUCAGCCUCCGCUCUCCAACGACUCCUCCGUAAGUCUGGAGCCAAUGGAGCUCUCCGCCUACAAGCUCAAGCUGUGCUAAAAUGGGAUCUCACUAGAACCGGGCUCUCCAUGUGGACCCUCGGAGCCUAUGUCAGCUAAAGCAGAGAGCCACAGCUGGAUGAGCAGAGGACUCUGUCUGGUAUAGUCUGGAAUAACAAUCUCCGACAAAGGCGCUAAACCCUCUCAAAAUUAAGAAAAGGAAACGAAGACUCGAGGAUGUGGGUGUUCCAGCCAAAUUCGAGAUUUGGUAGCCACGCUGUGUGCUAAGAUAAGAGAUAUGAGAAUGUCUGCCUGCGGGUGUUUUGUUUUUCCCAGACAGUGUUACUCAGUCAACAUCUUUUUAUUCCAGCAUUGCUGGCUUUCUGUUUUCUUGUCUUUGGCUGGAACCACUGAUCUCCCUGUCUCUCAUCGGCACCUCCCAUCCCUUAAUGGAUUCUUUUUAACCUUCAGUCACUCUUGGACUUGGUACUGUAUGUAAAUACAGCAAGACUAUACAACUGGAUCUAUACAAAAUUGUGGGACUCAGUGCAAUAUGUGAAGCUUCUCAUGGCGCUUUUUUUUUCUCAUUUGUUUUGUUUUGUACUCUUAAUCUGUGUCAUUGUUAGAGAUCACGCUUUUUCUUUCUCUUCUAAUGUGGACGGUUCUGCUUACACACAGUAGCUGCAUUUUUUAUCUAUGAAUGUCAGUCACCACAGUCGGCCUGCGACGGCUGUCAAUGCUGUAACAGAUUUAAGGGGUUUUUCCCCUCUGAAAGAAUGGCCUAUUGACAAUUCACUCACCGCAGAAGAUGUGUGGUCCGAGCUAAUUCUUUCAUCAGUCAGCUCUUUCUUAGGUGAGACCUCAAAAGCGCACCAUGUGACGAGAGACAACGUUUUCAAUCUUUUUCUCUCCAUUCCGCAAUUUUGGGAACCUCCCUUGUUAACAAAUGUUUUAAUUUUUUAUGUAAUUUUUUUUGUUUGCCAUUUCCAUAAUGUGUGCUUUUACUUUAUCACCUUAUAUGCAGGUUUGAGCCGUACAAAUAAAACCAGUUAGCCCUUAAGAACAGUAUCUGGAUCAGGCGUCAAAUAUAUGCAGCAUUGUCAUUUUUUCAAGGCAUCUGAUCCUAGGUCCGCCUAAGAGCUAGGGUAUACAUCAUUUAUCUGCGUGCCUUUCCGACCGGCGCAACAUCGAGCACUCAGCCUUUCAAAAAUAUACUCAUUUGACUAUGGGGCCCAUAUGGAGGCAGGCGCAUGCACUGACCGUCAGCAUGUCUAGAAAAACUAGGCUGCACUUGGACAGUCAGCAUGUACUGAGUUGAUGGCGAAAUUUGCAUCACGUGCGCGAGGCGUACCGGCACAUUAAAAACUGAAGAGUACUUUUGGCCUUUAUAUCAAUUCAAGUUCAUUUCAAUCGACAGCAUUUGUGGCAUAAUAUUGAUUGACACAAAAAUUGUAUCUUGAUUAAUUAGUUAUGCUGUCAAUUGAGCUUAAUGAUUGAGUAUAGAACCCGGAAUAUUCCCUAAAGAGCGUACCUGAACAUCACAACAUACAAGGAGGGUUCUACGUUUGCGUGUACACCUUCUUGCAGUAUUUACAGGUAAACGGAGCAUUAUUUGUGUCCUAUAAUAAAGGCACAGCCCAGUGUGUGUGCUGUUUUUCCUCAAUGCGAUUGGUUUCUGCUCUCAGAUUUAGCCAGUUUCUGCACUAAAUUAGCUUUCAAGCUGUGGUUUACCAUCGAAAAUGCUUUAAAUUCAAGAGCCAGGCCUUAUCUUGGUAUAGGAAACCUGUCCGCAAUGUGUAGCAGAACCACCUCAGUCCCUUCUAGCUUUUGUCGGUCACCGCAGUAGCUUAUAUCAGACAGACAACAUUGUCGUGUUUAGAAUUAUCUGUCAAACUGUCAUGUUGUCUCGUGUCUGUCUCUCCCAGGAAACCUUUAUCACAGGCUAGCCAGAAUGAUUUAAACUACAGAAAUGUAUCCUUUUCUUUUCUCAAUUUAAACCAUGUCUUCGUGGUGCAUUCAUUGUGCUCUACAUCAGUCAGACCAUUAACUGACUUUCCCAGCUAAUCAAGUUUGAAAGUAGCAUCCUAUCAAGCAAGACAAUUUCCCUGCUCACUCAAUGAGUAUGACUGGAGUUUGAGAGCCAAACGUCUGUCGAAUUGCUUUGGAACUGAUUUGCGGUUUGGCUCCCGAUACAAGAUUUGGUGGUUAUUCCAGAAUGUCCUCUCCGGCAAUUUUGCCUCUACCAAUUCAUAUUCUCAGUGCAUAUCACUGCCAUGCUGCUUUGUUGAUUAUACACAUUAUACUCAGCUGUGAAAACAGAUUUCCUUUUUAUUUGUGUAGUCUGUUCUGAGAGAGAAAUGAUUUUUCAUUGUUCUUGCGUCAUGUUUUUUUUUUUUUCUUCUUUCUGAAGAAAUGCAAUGCAUUGGAGGGAAAAUAAUAAAUUACUCUCAAAUUCACUGUCAAAAAAAUCAAAGUGGACAUUUAAUAAAGAUAUUAUGCUA